AGUACAAACGCCAAACGAAAGCAGGUGGUUGUUCUCAGCUACGUAAAAUCUGUGAUUUCGGGGUUUUCUUUCAUUCUAAACACAAAUGAUAGUCUGGUGAAUGUAAAUUGGUAUCCGACUCUGGCUGACCUAUUCAGGUAUCACUCUGGAGUCUGGACGGGUGAAAACCUAGCUACUGUUUGGCUGGGUGAAAGCAUGGCUUUGUCAUUUCUGUUGGUCUUGGCUGCAACAGUUAUUCUCAUUCGACCUGAAACACCUGUAACUAAGGCUUUACACCAGAAUUCACUGGAGUGUUGCAGUGACAAGCAUCAGAGACUCAACAGCACUUGUUCAAAUGAUACUCACUGUGAACCAGGAUGCUUUCUGCGGGUCCUGGAGAACAGCAAUACUGUUUGCAUAUUCUGUGACUCUGCGGUUGUGGAGUUGGAAAACAUAACAGCCUGCACUUACAACUACACAGUGGAAAGAAAGAAUCACACCACAGUCACUACAGUCAUUCCUAAAAUUGGGGGACCAGGUGUAGCGGCUUCUCUUCUUCUUGGAACAUUGUUAAUCAGCUUGUUCCUCAUUCUGUCAGUUGCCUCCUUUUUCUACCUCAAACGUUCAAAUCGACUCCCAAGCAUUUUCUACCGCCGCAACAAAGCUUUUAUAUUCCAGCCAAGUGAGACUGCAGUCAUGAUACCUUCCACAUCAGCGAGAAAGACCAGAUAUGUCAGGAGAGAGCGACCAUCAGCAGCAUCUACUCUGAACAGUGCCUCCAUUUCCACAGCGGCCACUACACAAGCCUAACCUGUAGAGGGAGCUGGAGACCUCAGGAAAGAUGAAUGAAUAAUUCCAGAGGUAUGAUGUGCAGUCAUUCAAACAGUAUAACUUGUUAUAAAGUAAAGUUGCCAAAUUUAGUGUAGCUGCGAUUUCACAUUGACUGUUAAUAGUAUAACUAUAGACAACAAAUGAGAUCGGCUUCAGUGAAUAAUUUACCAAAUGUUUUUCAUUAACUUUAUAAAACCAAAAUCAAGUGUGCAAUACAUAUUGCUUUGACGUAAAUGGGUCAGUGCUUCUAAGUUUAGACUUUUCACAUAAUUCUGUUUUUACUUUUUCUUUUUUGUAAGUGGUACUUUUUUAGUUGUAAUAAGGGUUAGACAGUACAGUAGUUGGUGAGAGUGGAAUCUAUAAACAUAUUUUGAAAACAAAUGGGUUGAUGUAAUCUGAAGACCAACAAGAGUAAAUUUUGAGAGAAAUACUGUCAGAUUUCUGGAUGUUUUAAUAUGCAGGAUAUGUAAUAUUUAUUUCCUAUUUGUAACCAUGCACUGAGUAUUUAUACAGGACAAAAGAAUGCUUAGGGUAGAUUUGAGAUGUAGAUAUUGGUUGUUUUUCAUUGUUAUAAUUGCAGCUGUGUUUUAUUUAUUUUGUGUCUCUUGGACACAUUGGAUAAGUGAAUGUUUUUUAUAAGUGUAACAAUGUCACAGCUAUAAGAAUCAUUCCAUGAGCAGAUACUUUGCUACAUCAACAAAGAUGGUGGAAAUUUAUUUUGCAAUUUUAUCCAACUUCAGAUAGUUUUAUUAUUACUGAUGUAUUUAUUUAGUUUUAGUUUAAUUUUGAUGUUUAUGGUGGUUUCUGUCAAGUUGUGUUUGGUAUCUAAUAAAAUACUGCUAAGAAUAAUUAAUAAUUUAUCAUCUUAAAUCAUCUUCAAUUUGUUUGUUAAAAUACUCAACUCCAUAUAGACUCUAUGUAGACAUUUAUGAUAAAUUUCAAUUUUUAUAAUCAAAAAAGAAUGAGAAUUUUCCAUUUUAUCCAGACCGUUACAAAACAGUGCACUUUACCCUAGUUACUUGUGCACUUUGCCUAAAAUGUUGCCAUUAAGUGUAAUUAAGAAUUAUAUUUAAAUGGCGACAAUUAUAGUUGCACUGACUAUUACUUGACUAGUUUUUGCUAACUCAAAUUUUGCCUAUAGAUGUGUGCCAUUACAAGCAGUAAUACUAAAAUACAUUAUCCAUUUGGAUCUACUCCAGUGGCCUUCUGUAAAAUGUAAAGGCUAUACUUCAUCACAACACUAAAAGCCAAUUUCCAAAUCAAGUAAGCGCUGUGAUCCAUUGUAUAUUUUUCAUUUAUUUUUUAUAUUUGUGAAUUUAUUGUAGAUGUAAGUAUUGUUUAUAAAAAAUAAAGCUCUUUUCUAUAAAGCG